AUGUUAAACGCAAGAGCGAUGUUUUGUGUACGACAAUUGACGCCGACUUAUCGUCAUCUUGUGCAGCAACCCAUCACUGAUAUGUCGUUAAUAAAUGCAUAUUUUCGACGAUGUCUUGCUCAAGUUGUUGUCGAAAAAAAAACUUUCAAACGUGAUAAACCACAUAUCAACAUCGGUACAAUUGGCCACGUAGAUCAUGGCAAAACAACUCUCACAGCUGCUAUUACUCGAAUUCUCAGUGAAAAAAAAUUAGCCAAAAUAAAAAAAUAUGAAGACAUCGAUAAUGCACCUGAAGAGAAAAAACGUGGUAUUACAAUCAAUGCUGCACAUAUUGAAUAUUCAACAAAUAAUCGACAUUACGGCCAUGUUGACUGCCCUGGUCAUGCAGAUUAUAUUAAAAAUAUGAUUACAGGCUCAUCUCAGAUGGACGGUGCAAUACUCGUAGUCGCUGCAACCGAUGGUGUCAUGCCGCAAACACGUGAACAUCUUCUUCUUGCUAAACAAAUUGGUAUAGAGAAAAUCGUUGUUUUUAUGAAUAAAGCAGAUGCAGCUGAUAAUGAAAUGAUUGAAUUAGUUGAACUUGAAUUACGAGAAUUGUUAACACAAAUCGGGUUCGAUGGUGAAAAAACUCCGAUUAUAUCUGGUUCAGCACUAUGCGCACUUGAAGAUCGAGAUCCUAAAUUAGGCAAAGAAACUGUAUUAAAAUUACUCGAAGCUGUUGAUACCUAUAUCCCUGUACCACCACGAGCAGUUGAUCAACCAUUUCUAUUACCGGUUGAACAUGUUUAUUCAAUACCAAACAAAGGUACCAUUGUUACUGGACGUGUUGAACGUGGUAGUGCGAAAAAAGGCGAUCAAAUUGAAGUUGUUGGACAUAAUAAAAUCAAUAAAGGAAUUCUCGGAGGUUUGGAAAUGUUUCAUCAAACGAUUGAGCAAGCUCUGCCAGGUGAUCAAUUAGGUCUAUUGUUGAAAAAUGUUCGAAAAGAAGAUAUUCGCCGAGGUGUAUUUGUUGGUAAACCUGGAUCAUUAAAAAUGCACAAUAAAUUUGAUUGUCAAGCUUAUUUCUUGUCGAAAGAAGAAGGUGGCCGUGAAGAACCGAUUCCAAAAGAAUUUGUAUUGACAAUGUAUUGCCGAACAUAUGAUAUUGGUGUUAAAGGUAUUAUUCCUGAAGGCCGUGAAAUGAUUAUGCCAGGCGAAGAUGUAACAUUAACAUUAUAUUCAAGCAAACGAAUGGUUAUGGAAAAAGGUGCUCGAUUUACGCUACGUGAUGCAGAUAAUAAAACAGUUGGAACUGGUGUUGUGACUAAUAUACAUCCAGAUCCUACGCCAGAAGAAUUGAAAAAAUUCUGGAAGCGAGCAGCUUAA